UCUGAACAUCUACCAUGAACAUCUUCAACAUCGCGACAUUGACUGUCGUUAUUACAUUUGCAUGUCUAGCUUCCAGUGGAUCUAUGAACAGUGAUAAAGGUGCUCAAACCCGUGAACCACGUGACGGCUGUUCUGAGGAUGUUCCCGCAGUGACUUGUAUCUCGGACCCUUGUCUCACAGCACAGUGUCACAACAAUCCCGAUGCUCGAUGUGAAGUUGAUAAAUGCGGGGAAUGUACGGAGAGGUUCUACGAUGUGACGGGAGCAAUAAUCUUAGACUGCCACGGCCCAGUGUGUGUAGAAGAUGGUGAUAAUGGUUCAUCGUACAAAGGAGAUGUUGCUGCCACGGUAUCAGGACACGUCUGUCAGAGAUGGGACUCUCAAUCACCUAAUGAACACAGCAGAACUCCCGAGAGAUACCCUAAUGCAGGACUGGACGAUAACUACUGCAGGAAUCCAGAUGGUGAAGCAGGACCCUGGUGUUAUAAUGCUGAGGGAACUUCCCCCCGAUGGGAGCUCUGUGAUGUACCUAGAUGUGGUAAGUAGACCCAUUUUUAAAUAUUUUAAACUUAAGCUGGAGAAUUGCCUACGGAACAAAUUAUAUCUUG